GGAUGCUGGCUCGAUACCACGGUACGGGUUUCAUCCCCGUUCUAGCCUGAACGAAAUCGAAUCCGUUCGAUCGGACGGACCGUACUUUGCGUUGGGACUUAUCCGUGCACCGGGAUUCAGUCUUCAUCUUGACGCGACGCGAUUCGGACGCUGGUUCGGGAAGAUUGAUCCGUUGAAUGUUCUCCGGCACCGGGCAAUCCAUUGUCUGUAGUUUGCCACACUGAUCUUGAGCUUUGCCCCGAGCCGUUUACCCGCUUGGAUAUUGAUGGGUCAAUCCGAUACGAUUAUUGUGUAAAGCCAUGUGGCCGCGGGUAUUGUUGUUCGUUCGGGGAUUUGUGAUGUAAAGAUGAUUGCGGCCGUUCGUUCACUCGUUUUUCUCGUCGUAUUCAUGUCGCCGACGAUUAUUGUGCGCGAAAGAAACGGGUCGCAAUCGUUGAUGACCCUUAAUCUGGAGUGAUUGGGGGCACUAUUGUGAGUGAUUUGGCGUGUGCUCGUUGGAAUGGAAUAACUACGUUGAAGGGGAUUUUGCAAACGGUGUUUAUCGAAGGCGCAAAUAGUGUUUUGCGUAGAUAUCACGUGCCAGAUGCCCAUUGAGGAGAAGCGAAGAAGGAAGGAAUGUGAUUACAUGCAAAUGCUAUAAUGCAAUUGAUGCAAUGCAACUGAAGUUCCGUCUCUCUAAUUGUAGCGCGUUUGAUGUUGUUUGUCAAGUUCAUCAAAAAAUUGUGAAGGUAGCGGGAUUUCCAGCUGUAACUGUGUGAAUCUAAAGAGGAUACUGGGAAGCAUUGAAAGAAAUACAAUUGAAAUCAAAUAAUUAAAUGUGAUAAGUGUUUAGUGUUAAUUAUAAUCAAAUUUCAAGGAAACGAUUGAAUGAGGUCCAAUCAUUGCAUUUGAGCACUACCAACCAUUAUGACAUGGAAAUGCGUAAUACACCAACUGGCAUCAUAGACAGCAACGUCGAGUGGAUGUAUAAUUGAUUGAAUUAAUAAUUUCGCUGCUCGAAAAAUGAAUAACCGAGUGCGGUACGCCUAGAUGUGUUAAAUGAGUGAAAAUUGAUACUUAAUAAUUAUUGAUAACGACCAAAAAAAUUGUGUGAACAACAGUAUGCUUUUAUUUCCAAUCGCAUCCGUGAAGUCUGUGGAAAAUCCUGUUUAAAAAAGUGUAAAAUGAGAUUAUGUUUGAUCAGCUGCAGAAGCUAUAAAUACAAAAGUGAUAGUGCUGGAUUGGUUAUCACAGUGAUUAAUUAUGCAUAAUUAAAUACGAGAGUGUUGUAGAAUGUAGCCGAUUCUCAAUUUAGAUUUUAAAAACGAGUACGAAUAUAUCGAAAUUGAAUUUCUAGCUUCAUUGUUUCUCGGCUUGAAGUCUAAGAACAAAGUGUAGGACUGUAACUAGUGGAUUGGGUUCGACGCAGAAUAUUCAACAAAUGAAAAAUCAUCAUAGAAUGAACGGAUGAAGUGAGAAAGAACAGCAAGCAUAGAUUCAGUGUUAUAAAGUACAAUCAUAGACAUGGGAAAAGAGACCACUAGACUAUGAGAUGAUAAUAUUCUGCAGAAGCAACAUUUGAAUAUUGGACUGACGUCAUGAGCCCUUUACAUUAACCGUUCUGAGAAUUUUUUACUCCCAUCGCAUCCCACUAUAGCCAUCAUCAUGGCUAGAAUGACGCCGCCAGCAAUAACAUUGUCACAGACCCUUUUCGCACUGUUCACCAUUCUGGGCGUGGGCGACACCCAGGAGGUCAACAAAGUCCCAACCCCACUGCAGCACACUCCCAGCUCUCUCCGACCCUGGUGGGCGUCGAGGCCACGGCACCAUUUCAACGCCAUCGACGACGAUGUCAUCCGAUGGGAGAAUCGAUCCAUAGUUUAUCCUAAAACAACAAACUCGUUAAGUCGAACAGCAACAGCAUCGUCAUCCCUCCGGGUGUGGGAUUCCAUCGGAAUCGGUGCGCUGGUGAACAUAUCACCGACCACGGCCAGCUCCAGCUUCGCUGCACCAAGAUUGACUCCGCUUGUGAAGCGCGAUGUAAUUAAAGUGCAAGAAUCUCCAUUAUCAUCAUCAUCAUCAUCGUCGUCGUCGUUGGAGGAUUCAACGACGGGUGUGAGAAUCGACCGGUCGUUAUCGGUCCCUUCAGAACCCAGUUCCGAGAGAAGACGACCGCCGAUGGCGCGGUCGGAUUUUAAUGGCGCAGUUUGUCGUGACGGAAGCGAAUCGGCGAACGCCGCUGGGUUUGGGGAUGAGCAAGGCGAGCCCGGAAGCUGUGCCAACGGCAGCAACCUUACUAAAUCACCCGCACUCGGCGGUGAGCUGGACGGCAAUCAGACCUUCGUCACGCCGUACUACACCAUCGUCAACCUGGACAACCAUAAUGACGUCCUGUGCGAUGAGGAGUACGAUACCGAGGAGUACAACGAGAACUGCUUCAUCGAUCAUAACGUGACCUGCGUGGGCGACCCGCUGUACUGCAAUCUGACCUACGAGGAGUACCACCAGCUACUGUUGGACUACAUCUACCCAUCGACGGCCGAGUGGAUCCUAAUUGCGUCGCACACGGUCGUAUUCAUAAUGGGGCUGGUUGGCAACGCGCUGGUCUGCAUCGCCGUUUAUACGAACCACUCGAUGCGAACCGUGACCAACAUCUUCAUCGUCAAUCUGGCGGUGGCGGACUUCUUCGUGAUCCUGUUCUGUCUGCCUCCGACGGUCGUCUGGGAUGUGACCGAGACGUGGUUCAUGGGCAAAGCCAUGUGCAAGGUCGUCAUCUAUUUUCAGACGGUUUCGGUGACGGUAUCGGUCCUGACGCUGACAUACAUCUCGAUCGAUCGGUGGUACGCGAUUUGCUUCCCUCUGCGGUACAAACCUCGACCGGAGCGUGCCUGGCGGUUCAUUGCCGUUAUCUGGUUGAUUGGCUUCCUAUCAGACGUUCCGGAGUUCCUGGUGCUGACGACGCGGCGAAAAAAACUGCGCUUCGACAUCAAGCUAUUCACCCAGUGUGUGUCCACUUGGGACAACGAGAAGGAGAAGACCUUCUACAUCGUUAAGUUUGUGUUCCUCUACUCGCUGCCACUUCUGUUCAUGACGGUAGCGUAUUUCCAAAUUGUGCGGGUGCUGUGGCGGUCUGACACCAUCCCAGGCCACCGGGAGUCCCGAGCGCAACCCUACGGCAUUCACAGCACCCGGACGACGCUGAACUGCGUUGGAAACACCAGUACCAUGGGUCAGCUACGAGCCCGCCGAAAAGCGGCCAAAAUGUUGGUUGCAGUCGUGGUCAUGUUCGCCAGCUGUUACUUCCCGGUACAUAUGCUGAACGUGGCCAGAUACACGUUCGACAUCGGGCAGAGUGACGUGGUGGCUGUGCUGUCGCUUUUCUCGCACUGGCUCUGCUACGCCAACAGCGCCAUUAAUCCUGUGAUUUAUAAUUUUAUGAGUGGUAAAUUCCGGCGCGAGUUCAAGAACACACUGGAAAAGUGCCACUGCCUGCGGAAUCCUCGGGGAUUGGGCGGCCGAGUCGGUGGCUACGAUGACCGUUCGAUGUAUCACACGGCCACCCGGAUGCAUGCCAGCCCCAGCAGCCGGAGUAACUACCACCUGACCAGUGUAAGAAACAUUAGCAUUAAGCACACGCAGCAGACAUCCUUCAACAACGGAAGCCGCCAUCACCAUGCCCGGAACAGCAUCAAUCAUCCGGGAAGCCUGGCCAGUGGUGGUGGUAUUGGUGCAGCACCGCAGAUCUCGCCCGUUUCCCUCGAGGAGCGGUUGGCCCUCACCAAGAACAUGGACGGCGUUGCCGGAUGCGGUAAUGAUCUCGGUGCUGGCAAUCGAACCGAUUGUAACAAUGGCCAUGGUGGCGCCAAUAACAACAACAACAGUCAUCAUCUUGGUAACGGAUCGGCUCUGGAGGCUAACCAGAACGGGGCUCCGGCACCCACCGGGUCCGCACCGUCCGCGAACGGCUCCGGGUCCAUGCUGAUGAUUGUGAAUAAAUCGAGCAAUUGUAAGAUUAAUGGCACUUGACGCGCGAAGCUGCACGUUUCCUGGCGAAAGAACUGUAACGCCAACGACGAGCGAAUAAGGGAACCACGGAUAGGGAUGCAGUUGAAUUAAUGGGCUGGACAGCCAUUUGCGGGCAGAGACUAAUUAAAGGGGGAAACGGUUUUGCAACGAUGGGCAGUAAUAAGCGGUAAUCGUCGGGCAAUGGGGAAAACUGUGUGGAAUUGCAUCGCAUUGUGGUUUGUGGUUUGUGACUUUGCGUGGGUGAGAAAACUGCAAUGCUUAAUGGGUUUCCGUAUCGGGUUAAGAUUGAUUGUUGGCCGUUUCAAGAGGUGUUGAAAUGAUGAAUGGGAUAAGAUUAAAUAAAACAGAAUAGAGUUAGUUGAGAGAAUGAGUUGAGAGCGUUCGAAUAAUGUAGGGAUUUUGGCUCAUCAAUACCCGCUAAACUGUGGA